GUGUAAAAAAGAAACAGCAACACAUUUUAACUUGGUCAGUUUAACAGUUUAAACCCUCAGAGCUGCUCCUCUUAUUUCUGUGCUUUUUCCUCUGGAUGCAGGAGAUAAACAUCUCUUAAUGAGGCAGCAUUGAUGAUGUCACUCAGACUGACUCCUCCCCUUUCUCUGCUGUUUCUGCUCAUGGUUUCAGGAGUUGUUGUUUCUCAGGACUGGGGUGUUUAUUACACACAGAGCUCCAUCUGUGCUCUAAAGGGAUCUACAGUGAUCAUGGGCUGCAGAUACACAUAUCCAGCUGGUUACUCAGUUAACAAAGCUUUCUGGAGCAGAGAGUUAGUUACAGAUAAAGAGCCUCCUGAUCUGACUUCAGACCCAAAGUACAGAGGCAGGGUUCAGUACCUCGGAGACAAACGGCGUGACUGCAGUCUCAGACUGAGUGAUGUGAGAGAACAGGACCAAGGCAAAUACUACUUCAGAUUCAUAACAACAACCGAUAAAGGAAAGUAUCAAGGUCAAGAUGGAGUUGACCUUUCUGUCACAGAGCUUCAGGUGGAGAUGAUUCCUGAUAGUGUGGUUGAGGGAGAUGACGUCACUCUCAUGUGUAAAACCACCUGCAGCCUGACUGUCACUCCGACAUUCACCUGGUACAAAAAUGGAAUUCGUUCAUCCUCCGCCUCCUCCUCCAUUCCGCGCCGUCUGCCAUCAGUCAGUCAGAGGGAUGCAGGCAGCUACAGCUGUUCUGUACAGGGACAAAGUUAUCGCUCCCCUGCUGUCACUCUUGAUGUCCAGUAUCCUCCAAAGAGAGUCUCAGUGUCCAUCAGACCCUCUGGUGAGAUAGUGGAGGGCAGUUCAGUGACUCUGAGCUGCAGCAGUGAUGCUAAACCACCUGUGCAGACCUACACCUGGUUUAAAGGAACAUCCUCUGUAAGAACAGGACAAACCUACACCAUCUCCUCUAUCAGCUCUGAGGACAGUGGAGAAUACACGUGCCAGGCUGAAAAUAAACACAGAGUUCAGUCCUCUACUGCUGCGUCUCUGAAUGUCCUGUAUCCUCCAAAGAGAGUCUCAGUGUCCAUCAGUCCCUCUGGUGAGAUAGUGGAGGGCAGUUCAGUGACUCUGAGCUGCAGCAGUGAUGCUAACCCACCUGUGCAGACCUACACCUGGUAUAAGGUGGAUCAAAGCUCACCUGUAGGAUCUGGACACAAUUACAGCUUCACGUUGAGCUUCAGCAACGGUGGAACAUUUUACUGCGUGGCUCAGAAUAAAUACGGGAAUCAGACAGCAGCUGCAGUGCCGCUCACUUUAAAGGGGGGCACAAGUGUAGUUCUGUAUGUAGUUCUUGGUGUCAUGGUUGGAUGUGGAAGUUUAUUUGCCAUCAUUGGUGUUUUAUAUAUGAGGAGAAAGAAAAGGGGAGGUUCAGCUGAAGAUGCCAAGUCAAGUCAGGAAAAUAUCUACAGCAGUGAGAACUUGAGUGCUGCAACCAACAAUCCAGCACCUGAUCCAGAUCUGGUCAGUCAGGAUGAUGUUCAGUAUGCCAGUAUCCAGCACCAGAGUGAUCCCCGGAGGGCAGAAAGUUCUCCAUUGCAAACUGCUGGCUCUGGGGCUGCUGAGGAGGUUCAGUAUGCUACUGUCCAGCACCGGCAUGACAAAGUGGUGGAAAAGACCCAAAAGGAUGAUGAUCAGUAUGCUAAUGUCAGAUUUAAUCGCACUGGUGCUGCCUAAAGGUCUGCUGCUCCUGCAUUUGAAGAUUUGUCAGUGAUUUACAGCAGCUGAAGUAAACAAAAUUCCAAGAUUCUGUUCAGGAUGAACGUGAACUGAACAGUUACCCAAUUAUGGGCAAUUGAAACUACAGCUAAGGAAAGAAGACAAGCUAUUGGUUGGAUAUAAACCACAUCCAUUAUUUUCAUAAUUCCACAUUUUCUGUAUGACUAUUUUGUAGAUCAUUCCUCCUGAGAUGCAAAAGAAACCCAUUGGAUAAUUGUUUUAAGUACUCCAAACACUUCAAUCAGCAGAACCAAACCACAUUCCCUUUUCGGAUGCAACUUAGUAAACUUCAAGAUCCAUAACCUUGGGACAUCAAUCAGGUUUUUCAAAACAUUGUAAAAGUACUUGGGAAUAGACUUUCUUGUGUUACAUCAACUUACUGUAUCAUAUCCUUAACACAACUGCAACCAUAUACAACUGUAAUCACCACUUAAACAACAAGAUGACUUCUAUUAAAAGAGUAUAACUUACAGGAAAGAUUCUUAAUCCAAAAUUCUUUUGUAUCUCCAAUAUUGACUUAACUGGAUUAUAUUGUUAUUAAUAUUUUCCCACCUACAACUUUUUGGGUCAUUUUAAAUUGUGUAAGUAAAGAGAUUUUGUCCUCUCUGAAAUGCUAAGGUUUCAAAAAUGGUGUUUUUUUUAGUAUGUGGAGCAUUUGACUGCAUUUAUUUUUAAAGACUUGCACUUCAACUUGAUUCAGUCAAAACUCAGGAUUUUUUUGUUUUACAAGGCAGCAAGUUAGUUAGCUUUUACUGCAUAAAUAUUUGUAUAUUGAAUCCAGCCCAGUUUGUAAUAACCCUUUAAACUGAUUUAUUCACAAUUUACAAUUAUACACUGUGACCAAAAGUAUGUACACCCCUGACCAUCACGCACACAGGUGGUUCUUCCCCAAACUGUUAUCACAAUCUUUGAAGCACACAAUUGUACAGAAAGUCUUUGUAUGCUGUAGCAUUACAAUUUCCUAUCACUGAAAGAACUCAGGUGUCCUCCACAGAGCCAUGAACUCAACCCCACUGAACACCUUUGGGAUGAACUGGAACGCCAGCUGCACCCCAGGCCUCCUCACCCAACAUCAGUGCCUAACCUCACUAAUGCUCUUGUAGCACAAAUUCCCACAGCUACAGUUAAAUCUAGUGGAAAGCCUUCCCAGAAAAGUGAAGGUUAUUAUAACAGCAAAGGGGAGACCAAAUGUGUGUUAAUUUCAAUGGCUUUGGAAUGGGCAUAUGGUGUGGUGGUCAGCUGUGCGCAUACAUUUGGCCAUAUAGUGUGGGUUAUGGGUCUGGUACUUCUGUUUUUGAAAUACCUUGUAUUUUAUUUUUCUAAGUAUAUAUAACAAGGAAACAUUUUUGUGUACUUACUUAUACUUAAGUGAGUGUGUUUUCUUCUAGAAUACUUUGAUUUUAAAUUAGCUGAAGAAAGGAUUCUUUUU